UCUGUACAUCUAAUCAAUGUCAGUCAACUGCACUAAAUGUCGGACAUUUCUGAUAUUGAUAUCAUCCACACAACUACUCCUGAGUGGGCGGAGCCUCCAUCAAGCGAUGAGAGCGAACCAGAUCACGAGGGCGUCAAUAUCUGGAAGGGGAUUGUGGAUGAGUGCGAAAAGGACAGAGGCGAACUGGAUGAGUACUUGAAGAGGCGCGAUGAAGCAGAAGGCCAGAUUGGGGUGGAGCAACUUCCUCUGAUCGCUGCCUUAAACGCCGCCCUUCUACCAAUUCUUCGGCAAGCAAUGGUUGCGUUGCUCGAGACUGUUCGUGAAGAGUCCAGCUGCUACCGCCCCAAAAGCGCAUUGAAUGGCAUCGAUUUCAUCAGCGAGUACCUUUACAACAUGAACCAUCGGUACCCGGAACGACGACAAUCCUGGACAUACAUUUUCGACAUGAAAUGGGUGAAAGACCGACUGGACGCUCAUCCGCGACCUUUUUAUCCCUUUUCGUUGAUUUGGAGCCGGGCAUAUGCAGCCCUUAAAAUACAGGCGUUCAUGAGGGGCUAUUGGGUGCGCCGAAGAACGGACGUUCAAGAAGUGCGGACCUUCUGGAAGGACUACAAGGCGACGAAACGCCGGGAAGAGCAAAUGACGGUCAUCUAGACGUUUCACUCAACAAAAGCAUAAUAAAUUAAUCCAAACAUU